AACAGGUAUGCACAGUGCCUUUGGAAAGCCCCAGAGCGCUGUGGCCAGGCUUCACAUUGACCAAGUCAUCAUGUCCAUUCGCACUAAACUGCAGAACAAGGAGCAUAUGAUUGAGGCCCUGCACAAGGCCAAGUUCAAGGUCCCUGGCCACCAGAAGAUCCACAUCUCAAAGAAGUGGGGCUUUACCAAGUUUAAUGCAAAUGAGUUUGAAGACAUGGUGGCUAAGAAGUGGUCCAUCCCAGAUGGCUGUGGGGUGAAAUACAUCCCCAAUCGUGGCCCUCUGGACAAGUGGCAGGCCCUGUGCUCAUGAGGGCUUCCUCUGUGCUGCCCCUCCUUACUCAUACCCACCAAUAAAUCCUACUUCCUGUCCACC